GUAGGUCUGAUGCUAACAACUACUGCCAUAUCUCACUUUUAAUAGUUAUGCAAAAUACUUGAAAAAGUAAUGUAUUCAAGAGUAGUACUAACAAAAUGUCAGUUUGUUUUUCAGCAAGUAUUUUCAACAGAAUACGAUACACGGUAUAUGCUUUCACUGAUCAAAUAUACAUUUCCACUGCUCAAAUAUUAAACACUGUGAAUAACCCAACAUCAACCAUUGGGACAUUUUGUGAUCUCUCGGAGGCUUCUGACUGUGAAUUAUGAAAUUCUUUUAGGUAAGCUUAAGUAUUGUGGUGUGAGAGGGGCAGUACACAGAUGGCUUAAUUCAUAUUUAACUGGAAGAAGGCAGAAGGUUGAAAUAACAGUACAGAUAGUCUGCAAAAAUCAGCAGACUCAUCUAAUUGAGUCCCUUAUAGUUCUUAAUACGCAUUAAUGAUUUGCCACACUAUAUGCAUGAAGAUACCUAGCUAGUUCUUUUUGCUGAUGAUACAAGUAUAGUAAUCACACCCAACAGAGGAAAUAAUGUCUUUCAGAAAAUUGUUAAGCUGUUCUCUGCAAGUGUGCACUCACUAAAUUUUGAGCAUAUACAGUUGUGUGCAGUAAAGACCUUGACACCAUCGAUAAAUAUAGACUUUCACUAGAAGUCUGUUGCUAAGGCAGAAUAUUCCUAGUUUCUGGGCCCGUGCAUUGAUGAGAAAUUUAAUUGGAAGAAACAUGUUGAUCUGCUGAAACAGCAUCCAUAUCUGCUGUUAUGGAAAGGGAAACAACGGUUUCUGUGAAACGGGAGGCAAAAGAUGAGGUGCUUAUGGUACCAAGGACCGUGGUAUUGAGAUCCGCUGCCAUGGAAAGCAGAGGAAUGGUUUCUGUGAAAUGUGAACCAACAGAUGAGAUACUUACGGUACCACAGGCUGUGGUUAAUGGGCACUACGAACCAGCGUGUCACCUCUGUGGUUGUGCGGAACGUGACAUAGAAGAGGCUCUCCGAUUGGAAAAGGAAGCCAGUGACAUCAGUGCUGAUGUACUGCUGGCCAACAUGCACAUCAAGAAAGAACAAGAGAACAUCAGUGAGCAAAAGGUGAUUGGAGAUCUGCUGGCGGUGCGUAAAUUCUGUGAUCGUGCUGAAGGAGAAGGGGAACAACAGCAGCAGCAGCAACAACAACAACAACAACAACAACAACAAGACGAAGGUGAUGGAUUGAUAGCGUGUAGAUUCUGCGAUCGUACCAAAGAAGAAGAACGAGAAAUGAUUGCUGGACUGCUAGCAGAAGCUGACAGUAUCGGUGCUGACAUAUUGCUGUCUGAUACACAGAUCAAGAGGGAGCCACAGGACAUAAAGGAUCCAAAGGUUACUGAAGAUUUACUGGGUUUUUGCAAAUUUUGUGACAUUGAAGACAAAGAAUUGGCACUUGCAUUACAACCAGAAUGCAGUAAUGUGGAGGAAGCGACAAGGCAGCUUUCUGGCAACAAUAGGUCGAUGUGGAAUGUCCUAAAAAAACGCAGUGGUGUGUGUGGUGAGGCAGUCGCUCAUCCAGCUCAGAAGUGUACUACACCAGAGGAUAGACAGUUUGUGAACGGCAGUGGCACAUUACAUGUGCCGGAUGUUAACCGGAGUGGUGGUGGUGAAGACUCUGCUUGUGGCAGCUACACUUGCGGUUCAUGCAGCGCGACUUUCUCGUCAAAGUAUAGACUCGUAAGACACGUAUUUGUCCACAUCGGUGGCGUGCAACCUCCACCGCACGUCUGUAGACUCUGCGGAGACGUGUUUCACACGGGAGGCAGCCUCCACGUGCACCUGAAGCGAGGCGAGUGUGCGGCAGUGCCUAGGUGCAGCGUUGCCGACAGCGCUGGAGAUCGGAGGCUCUCCGGCACGUGCAGAAUUGCACCGGGCAACUCACACGGCCGUACUGUGGAUGGCAGCGAGGAAAAGGUUUGUAACAAAGCAAGACAACCCUCCACCUGUACUGGACGUAUUACACAGACAGAAAAAUCGAAACGAAAGCACCGUAAUGGUGACUGUAGAAAAUCACCUCAAUGUGCUUUCCAACCGGGUCAAAAUUCGUCAGCUCGGAAACGGCAACGGCCGUCUGUAUGUUCCUUCUGCCACAAAAUUCUUUCCGACCCUUCGUGCCUGAAGCGGCACGAAUUAAUUCAUACCCAGAAGAGACAGUUUCACUGUGUCGAUUGUGGUAAGAAUUUCACACAAGCUCGCUAUCUUCGGAAACACAGACAAACGCAUUCUGAAUCCACACAGUUCACGUGCAACGAAUGUGGCAGAUCUUUCAAGCGAAGUGACACUCUUCUGAAACACAGACUAGUACAUAGUGAAGUUAGACCGUAUAGGUGUGGGGACUGUGGUAAAACUUUUAAAUUACGUAGUUACCUCUUACAUCAUACUAGAAUUCACAUCGGAGAGAAGCCGCACGAGUGCGACGAUUGCGGCGUUUCUUUCAUGCGACUUUACAGUCUUGUGGAACACAGAAGGCAGCAUUCUGGAGACAGGCCGUUCAAGUGCAACGUGUGCAGCGCAACUUUUAUUAGGGCUGUUACGCUAAGGGAACACAAGAGAAUCCACACGGGGGAGAGGCCGCACAUGUGUGGCAAUUGUGGCGAGACUUUCUCUCGGGCUGCUGGUCUUCGGAAACAUAGGCAACUCAGUGCUGCGGAUAUGCUACCGAAGUGUGACGACUGCAACAAAUCUUUCGAAUUUGAUGAUCUCCUAAAGCAACUCGUAGUUGUGCGAACAGAAGGGAGGUCACACCAGUGUAUUAAUUGUGGCAAAUCUUUCGUACGACCCUUCGAGCUUACGACUCCGUACGAAUGUAGCUAUUGUGGGGAAAUUUUCUGCCGCAUUAAUGCCUUCAGAAAACACGGAGUGAUUCAUGUGAAAAAGAAGUUGUAUGCAUGUGUCGGUUGUGGAAACACGUACAAGCGACGCGAUAAUCUUCGGAGGCAUCAAAAGACAGCGUCGUGCGGAAACUCUUUUGUAAGAGUCGAUGUUGCGAAGAAGAAGGCAUACGAAUGCGUCGAUUGUGGGAAAUCCUUCGAUAAAGCUAGAUCCCUCAGGACGCAUCACAGAAAAAGGUCGUGCAAGUCUAAUGAUUGCAACAAAUCUUUGUCGAGUUGAUGUCGUGAAGAGCAGCAGAAAAAUCCCUAGUGCAGUGAUAUGACAAUAACCACAAUUGCUAAGAAGGCUUCUUACCUCUGGUGAGGGCAAGCCGUUCCGGAAAAUAAAAUACCCAAAGACAGUACUAAAACAGUAGCGUUUAUUACCAAAUCCUGCAUCUUGGACAAUUGACACUGUGAACUGAAAAGUGCAAAAGGCAGCAUUUGUGGUACAUUAUGCUAUUGGAUCGUUUACAGUUUUGAUGUUGAUUGGAAAUACUUAAAUUGAGUGAUAACUUCAUCUGAACUGUUGAUUCGCUCAACAUGCACACGGUGAUGAUGCCAGGCACUACAAGGUUUGUCUCGAGAACAAUGUCGCCGAUUCUGUUCUGCCCACAUAUUGGGCACACUGCGGUGUACACGACUAGGCUAGUUGGUGCAAGUCGUUAGCUCCCCAGUGCGACUGAUCACAAUUUCCUCAGCUCAAGGAGUGUUCAGGUGUGUUCUUACAUCAGGGUUGGCCACGGCACGUAAAACUUCACGGUACACAAUGUGCUGCACGCGGUGCGGUCCAGAGUACGUCUCAGCGUUGCUCUUUCUUUCUCUGAACUACUGUGUACAGUGCGACGUUUCACUUGGUAGUGCUAAGCAGCACUGUUCCUUCAGGAUUUUUCGAGUUGGCACAACUUUCUUUGUUUCAUCACAAUUUCAGGUCAUUGCUGUUUACCUUCUGCUAUUUGCUUACAAUUUAAAGGAAGCUCGAAGGUCCUUUGGCUGUUUGCAUACAAAGAGGCACUCGAGGAAUGUGUCAUCAAAAAUGAAUGGGUUUGCAGGCAACGAGUAGAUGAUGGAACUGGUGGUACAAAUAGUAAAUUUUCUCAAGUAGCGUGCAUUAUUACAUGAUAAAUUUCUACGGUGUUUGAUGCAAUUGAAUGAAGAGUUUUGAGACUUUGCAGUAAUACAUGAAGUAUGUCGGUUAAUUCCAGUGACACUUCUGGAAGUAUUUUUUUUAUUUAAAACACACUAUUCUUAAAUUUAUCAAUGAAAAAGGAAACCAGGAAUGAAAACAACAACACCCGGAAUUCAUUGCGUAUCUCGCAUUGUAAGUGGAUAUGAGUGCACACUACCCUCUGUAAUACUUUGCUAGGCAAGGAACACUGCCCUUCACAAAUCGAGUUUGGCAGCCAAUUCCAGCUAUGAUGCAAUACUCACUUGAACAGGGGUAAGCAAAAAAAUCUGGAUGAAACUUGGGCAGUCCACUGCCACUGCUCACACCCUUCAAUGUCGAAAGGUGAAGAAAGUGCGACUCGUGUGAGAAUUUUUUAGCACAAACCAUAGAACGAGUGUUUGCAGAGUCUGAGCAGCCAAUCCGUGUCUGAGGUAUUGUAACUGAGCAUUUGAAAAAUAAAGUAUGGAAACUUCAUCAACAUUGCAUCCAGCCACACUGCCUUCUUGUUGAGUGAUUGUCUCUUAAAAGAGGCAUGGCAACACUGCCUCUACCUCCUUACAGUCUGGACUUGGCUCCGGCAGAGUUUAUUCGUACCCAGCUGAAGGCACUCUCAAAAGGACACAGUUUCGAGACCUAUGACUGUGACAGUGGCUAUUAUGCUUACCCUAAAGGAUUUCCUUCCACUGUGAGUGUCACGAUUGGAAAUCUCACUGGCUAAAAUGAAUAAAUGAAGUCAUCGGAAGAUUAAAACCAAGUACUAACUAAUUUUGACAAGAUACCAGCACGAUACAAAAAGUGGCUGCUUACCGGGUAAGACUGACAGAAGAUUAGCAAAAGUUCAAAGAAGGGCAGCUCGUUUUGUGUUAUCUUGAAAUAGGGGUGAAAGAGGGCCACCCCUGCUCAUUUGUCAUAACAAUGACAAUCAUGAUAACAAAGAUGUUUUUCAUUGUGGUGAGAUCUUUUUACAAAAUUUUGGUCAGUACCUCUCUCUCCCAAAUACGAAAAAAUUUUAUUGGCACGUACCUACAUAGGGAGACAUGAUUAAUCUUUCUGUGUGAUCUCAAUUAUCUCUUAAUUUAAGCAUUCGUUUCUCCGUAGUUCUGUUAGAGAGUGGAACGGUAGAGAAAUAGCGUGAAAGUGAUUCGAUGAACCCUGUGCCGGGCACUUACGUGUGAAUUGCAGGGCAGGCAUGUAGAUGCAGCGUGAUGUAGAAGGAUUCUAUUUCUUUGCAUUAUUGCAUCCGACUUGGUGGCAUUGCUUUGUGGAUAGUGAUUUGAAAUAUAUGCACAAGCUUGCCUGCCCUUAUCUUCAUGCCACAUUAUUCAUAUGCGCCACACAAUGUUACACCGUUCAAUACUCAAACAAUAGAAAAUCCGGGAUGGAAUGUAACAAUAUUAUGAGAAAAAAAGUUUAUACUCACCAUAUAGCAGUGAUGCAGAUUCUCAGAUAGGCACAACACAGAGACUCUCACAAUUAUAGCUUUCAGCCCUUAAAUUAUCAGAAAAAGAAAUUAAAAUUUGUUAUACCCCCUAAAAUGCAGUGUAUGGGAAACCCAAAAACACUGAAAAAUUUGGGAUGUGGUGUUAUUGUAAUUGUCCAGUCUUUUAUAGUGCCACAUUUCUGAAGGCUGUGUCCCAAAAUUGGACUGUAUUUAACUGAUAUCCUUCAAGAUAUAGAAUAUUUAUAGAAACAGAUUACUUCAGUGUAAAUCAUGCUAAAAACAUCACCUAGGUGGGUGGUUCUGAAGGUUCAGUUUUGAAUUUUAGUUUUGCAUGGUGAUGAACUUAAGGAAUCGGGAAAUCAUAUUACAUGAAAUUAUUAAUGGUAUGCAUCACAAUCUCCAGCACCAAGAACUGUGUAAUUUUCAUACUAUGAAUCUAAAAUACUUCUAAAAAUGAUGUACUUGACAGACCUGUAUACAGAAAUUGUGCAGUUAUUAAAAAUAGAAGGUUGAGAGGUGUUAGGUUGUCAGAAACAUGAUAUUUUACGAUAUGAACCUUUUAUUAAUAGCUUCUGUGUUCUACAUACUUUCGUGAAGAAUCCUGCAAAAAUUGUGUGUACCAGAGGACCAUGUUUUUUUGUCACCCUUUCGAUCAGACCUCUUAAGAAUCACUCAGAAGGGCAUCAUAAAUAGUUUCAAAGGUUGCAAUAAUUAUAGUAAUCUGAUCAGCUAUUGAACUAUUUUUGAAAUAUCAUGCAAUUGUGCUUGUGGCUCAACAAGCAAACAAGUAGGCUGGAUGCUGCAGUUAUUUGCUUUUUCCUUCUGUCUUGCGCUGUCACAUGCUUCUGCACUUGGAGAAACAGUACACAUAUGUGAAACGUGAAAAACUUUUCAGUCAGUACAAUUUGUAGAAUGACAUACCCCUCCAGUCACACGGCUGUAAUAGUGACCUCAGUUAAUGCUUCCAAACUUUCUUUUUGUCAAGAUUCCGAGAUGUAUUAUGCCAGUAUGAUACUGAUUGUUGGGUAUUCCCGCCAGUGUCGCACCAGUUUCGCCAUUGUGCAAGAAAUAGACGCCAUUGUGGAACAGUAUCGUGUUGCUGGCUCCAAGAUGCUUGUAAAAAAAGGGUGUAUCAUAUCUGAGCCAUAACUGUACUGAGUUUGUUAUUGCUUUUAUUAAAUCUUGACAGUGCACAUUACAAAGUGCAGCUGAAACAUCUGGUCCAUUGUCCCAUAUGUUAAAAACUGUGCCGGUUAAAGCUAGGUACCCACACUUCCACCUGAGAGAUAGAGGGUACUUUUUGCUCUAUCACACAAAUCACUGAAUUGAAGUAGUGGUGCAAUGGAGAUAACAGAGUCAGUGUGAGAAAUCGCGUCAUUGGAAAAUGGAGCUCUGAGUCAACAUAAAAUUUUGGUGCUAAGUAGGGAAAAUAGGUGCAGAUAGACAUUGAAUGUUAUUGCAAGUGUACAAUAUUAAAGCAAAGAGUAAUAAAGUGUGUGUGUGUGUGUGUGUGUGUGUGUGUGUGUGUGUGUGUGUGUGAGAGAGAGAGAGAGAGAGAGAGAGAGAGAGAGAGAGAGAGAGAGAGAGAGAGAGACAGUCUGUUGCUCUGUAUUCAGCUUUUUCCUUGCCUCCCAAAAAGUCAGCUGGUACAAUCUGAGAAAAAGACAUUGAUUGCCUUUUUUGGCAGCAAAGACUCAACUCACUUUUACAUUUCGACCCUCGGGUGGGGUUUUGUGAUGGAAGUUUGUGAGGUAGUUUUGAAGCAGCUGCUGCAAUGCAGCUGGGAGACUCGACCAGAACUAACUAGAUGGGGCAGUGGAAUUUGCUCCACAGCGACAUCCGUCCACACACUGCGAUCCGCAAACUCAACUUUCUCGCUCUGCACAAGACAAUUCUUCUUCGACACACUCCUUAUUCUACAGAGUUGGUUCCGGCAGUUUUUCUGUUUCCCUGCCUUAAUUUAUCCCUGAAAUGCUUACAGUUCAGAGACGUUGCGGAUAUCCAACAACAAGUGCCUACAGUGCAUUGUGAGCGACUACUUCUGACAUUGACUUUUAGGCUCUUGGAAACUGUGAGCAAAUGCUUCUUGUGUAAUUUAUCUUUCCCACAGCUUUACAAGUGAUGUCUGAAGGGUGUUGCGGCCAUUGGUGAUUGCUUUAAUGGCCAGUGGUUGUUGUUUUCUUUAUGUUCUUAGACAGUUCACUUUUCAGAUGUGCCUUGUACUGGCAGUAUUGUUACAAGGAAUAUAUUACAUAAUUCAAAUGAAGAAAAGCGUAGAAAAUUAUGUCUAUGUCUUAUGCUGUGCAUACUUUCACCAGUAAAUAUCUUACAUAAAUAGUUUUGUAAAAUACAGAGUUUCUCUGUAUUAUAUUUUAUGGGUGAAGAUUUUUUAAUAGUUGUUGUUGAAUAUAUGUAA